AUGGGUUCUGAUCAUCAGGAAACCACCUCUGUUCGAAUCCCAACCAUAGAUUUCUCCGACAUGGACUUGAAAGCUCCGGCUGCCAGCUGCUGGAACAUGGUGAAGUCGCAAGUCUGGGAAGCUGUCCAGGAAUACGGCUGCUUUCAGGCGACGUACGGGGAUCUGCCACAGCAGCUCCGGCAGGCGAUGGAUGCUGCCAUGGAGGAGGUUUUCAGCCUGCCGGUGGAAGCCAAGCGGCGCAAUGUCUCCGACAAGCCUCUCCAUGGCUACAUCGGAUCCUCGCCGGUGAUGCCCUUGUACGAAAGCUUGGGAAUUGAUGACCCUGAAACCGAUCAUGGGGUUCAGUCCUUCACUAACGUCAUGUGGCCAAGUGGUCACGCCAAAUUUAGCGAAAUUGUGCUGUCAUUCUCAAAGAAGUUGUCAGAACUGGAUCAGGCAAUAAGAAGGAUGUCAGUGGAGAGUUUGGGUGUUGAGAAGAAGUACAUGGAAGAGCAGUUGAACUCAACAUGUUAUCAACUGAGGUUGACUCACUACAGAGAGCCCCAAACCGUCCAGGAGAAAAAGAUUGGGCUUAAGGCCCAUGUGGAUCAAAACACACUCACGAUCUUGCACCAAAAUCAUGUUGACGGGCUUGAUGUCCAAACCAGAGAUGGUGAAUGGAUCAGUGUCAAAUUCGCUCCUCAAUGCUUUCUGGUACUCGUCGGUGAAUCUUUUAAUGCAUGGACGAAUGGUCGAUUGCAGUGUCCGUACCACAGGGUGAUGAUAAGAGGUCACACGGCCAGGCUAUCAGCUGGUUUGUUUGCAAUCCCAAAGCAAGGUUACAUGGUAAAAGCGCCGCAGGAGCUGGUGGACGAAGAACACCCCUUGUUGUUUAAGCCCUACGACUACAUUGACUACCUGAAACUAAGGUCAAAAGAGAUUGGCAAAUCAGUCGAGUCUCCUCUCAAGGCUUAUUUUGGAGUCUAG